CUGCUGCCCCAACCCGGGAGAGAUUUGUUGCGCAAAAGGAGAACUCCUGGGCGCGCGCCUUCCCCCUGCAGCAGUCCCGCCGCCUCCAGAAAAGCACGCAGAGGAGGAGGGUUUCCUUCCCUUUCUUUCUCUUCCUCCCUCUCUCGGUUAGUUUAGCUGGGCGGUUGGCCGCUUCCUUCCUUUGGCAGCGCCGCUGGGGGAGGCUUCUCUCUGUGUGUAAAAGGCCUCGUACAAGAACAGAGGGGAAAGGCUGAAGGGAAGAAGGGCUGGGCGCGUCAGGAACAGCGGCGAUGCCUGUGCUCGCUGCCUCACGAGAUGAAUUUUGUCUUUGGGCAAGCAGGCGGGUUUAAAACUGCCUUAUUCUGUGUAGUAGCAGCCGCCGUAGUAGUAAUAGCAGCGGCGGCUCCUCCUGGUUAGCACGUCCUAGUUGACCGGGUAACGGAGGGGGAGUCGCUGAGGAAUGUGGCGUCCGUGCGGCUCGGAGGUGCCUUCGUGGGGUGAAAUGGUAGCUUACGAUGCUCCGACUUUUUCUGCGAGGAAAAGGGCUUGCAGCCAUAAAGUGCUAGAGGAUCCUACUAGGAUGUGGUGAUGAGUUGAAAGGCGGCAAGGGCAGUGAAUGUUGUUUUUCUUUCUGAGGAGUGCCAGCUAUCAUGACUGUCUUCAGACAAGAGAAUCUGGAUGAUCACUAUGAGAUCGGAGAGGAACUUGGAAGCAAAAAAACAAAAAAGCUUCCAGAGUCCUUGCCCCCAGGCUAACAAUCUAAAAAGACAGGACACAAAAGGAAAAUGGAUUGGGAGAGAGGAGAAAAAGAGCAAGCUCAGUGGGCAGUUCGCGGUAGUAAGGAAAUGCCGUGAGAAGACCACUGGGGCUCAGUAUGCUGCAAAAUUCAUCAAGAAACGAAGAACAAAAUCCAGCCGUCGAGGAGUGAGUCGAGAAGACAUUGAACGAGAAGUAAACAUAUUGAAAGAAAUCCAGCAUCCCAAUGUGAUUACACUGCAUGAUGUUUAUGAAAGUAAAGUGGAUGUAAUUCUUAUUCUUGAACUCGUUGCAGGAGGGGAGCUCUUUGACUUUUUAGCAGAAAAGGAAUCUCUGACUGAAGAGGAGGCCACAGAAUUUCUCAAGCAAAUCCUUAAUGGUGUUAACUACCUGCACUCUCUGCAAAUUGCACACUUUGAUCUCAAGCCUGAGAACAUAAUGCUGCUGGAUAGAAAUGUACCAAAGCCUCGCAUCAAGAUCAUUGAUUUUGGCUUAGCACAUAAAAUAGACUUUAGUAAUGAGUUUAAGAACAUUUUUGGGACACCUGAAUUUGUUGCUCCUGAAAUAGUAAACUAUGAGCCACUGGGCCUUGAGGCAGAUAUGUGGAGCAUUGGUGUAAUAACUUAUAUUCUUCUAAGUGGUGCAUCACCGUUUCUUGGGGAAACAAAACAAGAAACAUUAGCCAAUGUGUCUGCAGUGAACUAUGACUUUGAGGAAGAAUUCUUCAGUAAUACCAGUGCUCUAGCUAAAGGUUUUAUAAGAAGACUUCUAAUUAAGGAUCCAAAGAAGAGAAUGACAAUUCAAGACAGUUUGCAGCACCCAUGGAUCAAGCCUAAGGAUACCCUUCAAGCACUAAGUAGAAAAGCAUCUGCAGUAAAUAUGGAGAAAUUCAAAAAGUUUGCAGCACGAAGGAAAUGGAAACAAUCUGUACGCUUAAUAUCAUUAUGCCAAAGAUUAUCAAGAUCCUUUUUGUCCAGAAGUAACAUGAGCGUAGCUAGGAGCGACGACACUCUGGAUGAGGAAGAUUCAUUUGUAAUGAAAGCCAUCAUUCAUGCCAUCAAUGAUGACAAUGUUCCUGGUCUCCAGCAUCUUCUGGGGUCUUUGACCAAUUACGAUGUCAAUCAACCUAAUAAGCAUGGGACACCACCAUUUCUGAUUGCUUCUGGAUGUGGAAAUAUUCAAAUGCUUCAAUUAUUCCUAAAGCGAGGUGCCCACAUUGAUGUCCAAGAUAAGGCAGGAUCUAAUGCAAUCUAUUGGGCAUCUCGACAUGGUCAUGUGGAAACUCUGAAAUUUCUCCAUCUAAAUAAAUGUCCCUUUGAUGUUAGAGAUAAGUCUGGAGAAACUGCACUCCAUGUGGCAUCUCGGUAUGGUCAUGUUGAUGUGGUUCAGUACCUCUGCAGCAUUGGAUCGAAUCCAAAUUUUCAAGAUAAGGAAGAAGAAACUCCUUUGCACUGUGCUGCUUGGCAUGGCUAUUACCUUGUUGCCAAAGCUCUGUGCAAGGCAGGCUGUAAUGUGAAUGUUAAGAAUAGAGAAGGGGAAACUCCACUCCUGACAGCCUCAGCUAGAGGUUACCAUGAUAUUGUGGAAUGUUUGGCGGAGCAUGGUGCUGACCUUGAUGCAACUGACAAGGAUGGGCACAUAGCCCUUCACCUUGCAGUCCGGAGAUGUCAAAUGGAAGUGGUUAAAACGCUUAUCAGUGACGGGUGUUCUAUAGAUUUCCAAGAUAGACAUGGGAACACUCCUCUUCAUGUAGCCUGCAAAGAUGGGAACAUUCCCAUUGUGAUGGCACUCUGUGAAGCAAACUGUAACAUCGAUAUAUCAAAUAAGUAUGGUAGAACACCUCUACAUCUGGCAGCAAAUAAUGGAAUUCUGGAUGUUGUCCGAUACCUCUGCCUAAGUGGAGCUAACGUGGAGACUUUAACUACUGAUGGAAAAUCAGCAGAAGAUCUGGCUAGAGCAGAGCAACAUGAACACAUAGCCAGUCUGCUUACAAGAUUAAAAAAGGAUACACACAGAGCGCUGUUCAUCCAACAUCUUCGACCUACUCAUAAUCUACAGCCAAGAAUAAAACUCAAACUCUUUGGCCACUCUGCAUCUGGGAAAACUACUCUUGUGGAGUCUCUAAAGUGUGGGCUCCUGAGAAGCUUUUUCAGAAGGCGCAGACCAAGGCUGUCUUCUACAAACUCUGUCAGGUUUCCUCCUUCUCCUUUAUCUAAUAAGCCAUCAGUUUCAGUAAGUAUUACAAAUCUGUAUCCUGGCUGUGAGAACGUUAGUGUGAGAAGCCGGAGCAUGAUGUUUGAGCCAGGUCUGACCAAAGGGGUGUUGGAAGUAUUUGUUUCUCCCUCUCACCAUUCCCACUGCUCAACAGAUGACCAGUCUACCAAGGCCAUUGAUGUUCAGAAUGCUUCUCUGAAUGGUGUUGGUGAUUUCAGUGUGUGGGAAUUCUCUGGGAAUCCUGUGUAUUUCUGCUGCUAUGACUAUUUUGCUGCAAAUGAUCCCACCUCAGUUCACAUUGUGCUUUUUAGUCUUGAAGAGCCCUAUGAAAUACAGUUGAACCAAGUGACCUUUUGGCUGAGUUUCCUAAAAUCACUUGUUCCGGUCGAAGAGUCUAUAGCAUUUGGAGGCAGGCUAAAAAACCCACUACAUGUUGCAUUGGUGGCUACUCAUGCUGACAUUGUCAAUCUUCCACGUUCCGCUGGAGGAGAGUUCCAGUAUGACAAAGAUACAUCUCUUCUGAAAGAAAUUAGGAACAGGUUUGGAAAUGACCUUCAUAUUUUGGACAGAUUAUUUAUUUUGGACGCUGGGGCAUCUGGUUCAAAAGAUAUGAAGAUUUUGCGCAACCACCUUCAAGAGUUACGCAGUCAGAUUAUUUCUACAUGUCCACCCAUGACGCACUUGUGUGAAAAAAUCAUCUCCACCCUACCAUCAUGGAGAAAAAUGAAUGGACCCAACCAGCUCAUGUCAUUGCAGCAGUUUGUGUAUGAUGUGCAGGAUCAGCUUAACCCAUUAGCAAGUGAAGAUGAGCUAAGGCAUAUUGCCCAGCAGCUGCACAGUGUGGGAGAAAUCAAUAUUAUGCAGAGUGAGACAGUCCAAGAUGUUGUUCUGCUAGAUCCUCGCUGGCUGUGUACAACUGUCCUUGGAAGACUCCUGUCUGUGGAGAACCCCAAGGCCCUCCAUCACUACAGAGGCCGCUAUACAUUAGAAGACGUCCAGCGCCUAGUACCAGAUAGUGAUACAGAAGAACUUAUACAAAUCUUGGAUGCCAUGGACAUCUGUGCCAGGGAUCUCAGCAGUGGAACAAUGAUUGAUAUUCCUGCUUUAAUCAAGACAGACAGCCUCCAUAGAUCUUGGGCUGAUGAGGAGGAUGAAGUUAUGAUUUAUGGUGGUGUUAGAAUUGUCCCUGUGGAACACCUCACCCCACUGCCCUGUGGAAUUUUUCAUAAAGUUCAGGUGAAUCUCUGUAGAUGGAUUCAUCAACAGAGCAUGGAGGGAGAUGCAGAUAUACGCCUGUGGAUAAAUGGAUCAAAGAUUGUGAACCGUGGAGCUGAGCUUCUUGUGCUGCUUGUGAACAAUGGCCAGGGUAUUGAGGUUCAAGUUAGAGGCCUGGAAACUGAGAAGAUAAAAUGCUGCCUGUUCCUGGACUCAGUAUGCAGUACCAUUGAUAACGUGAUGGCCACAACAUUGCCAGGGCUCUUAACAGUCAAACAUUAUCUCAGUCCUCAGCAGCUGAGGGAACACCAUGAGCCAAUAAUGAUCUACCAGCCAAGAGAUUUUUUCCGGGCACAAAGUCAAAAAGAGACUUCAUUGACUAAUACCAUGGGUGGCUAUAAAGAAAGCUUUAGCAGUGUAUUGUGCUUUGGAUGUCUUGAUGUCUAUUCACAGGGAAGUUUGGGGAUGGAUAUCCAUGCAUCGGAUCUGAAUCUGCUUACACGGAGGAAACUGAGUCGACUUCUGGAUCCACCUGAUCCCAUGGGCAAGGACUGGUGCCUUCUUGCUAUGAACUUGGGCCAUCCUGAUCUUGUUGCAAAAUACAAUACAAACAAUGGGAGUCAAAAUGACUUUGUCCUAAGCCCAUCCUAUGCCCUUCUGCAGGAAUGGGGAAAUGCUCCUGAAAGUACUGUGGGCAUCCUAAUGUCUAAACUGAGGGAAUUGGGCCGCAGAGAUGCAGCUGACUUUUUAAUGAGAGCAUCCUCAGUAUUUAGAGUCAGUUUAGAUGCAAAUGGCCAGGAAGCCUAUGCUUCAAGCUGUAACAGUGGGACAUCUUACAAUUCAAUUAGCUCAGUUGUCUCUCGGUAAAAGCAAAUACCACAAAGCACACACUUUUCUAAUUGCAGAUAGUAAUGAAGGAUUAAGUAUUGCGGUUUUGUAUGCAUUUAUAAGUUUUUACAUUAAUGGGUUGCCACUGCUGCCCUGCAUCACUUUUUAAGUGACCAAUCUUAUUUUUUAAUUGUGACCUCUUGCUCUUAGUUUGGUUAUAAAAAGGCUGCUGUAUUUCUGGUAUUUCACAGUCUGAUUCUGUUUAUACAUUGUGCUGCUUUAAAUACUGUCAUUUUAACUGGGAGGACUUCAGCUUUUCAGAAACUUAACAUUUUUUAAUCAUUUUCUUAACAAAAGAAGCAUACAUAGUUAUUCAAAGCUCAUUUCUUGAGUCCUCUCUUUUUUCAUUGUGCUUGUUUAAUUUUUAAAAAUAUUUAUAGCAAAACAAUGCUAGUAUAUUUCAAUUUUUACACCAGACUUAGAAAUGAAAAAGCUAGUGCCUUUUGCAGAAGAUAAUAUGGCUAAAAUCAAAUGAUCCUGUUGAAGCUAUAAGACAAUGCUACCUCUAUUUCACUGUCUGCAUGCUGGUUGUUACAAGUGGUGCUUGGCCUUUGUGUUUUCCUGAAGUUUAAGAUACUUGGUAACAUGAAAUUUGUUCUGCUGAAGAGCUCUCAUGUUGAAUACUAUGAGAGUACAAACAUGUAAGUCAUUAUCAGUUUUUAUUUCCGUUGAAGUGGAAUGGAAAAUUAAAAACCCCAUGAACUUGCACCUUCCAUUAUUUCCACAUAUCUCAGGUAAAGAUUUUACACAAUUGUAAAGUUCACCAAGACACAUAUACAAGUGUUAGCUAAACAGACUUAUUCUGUAUUUAACAGUGAUCAUUUGUGCAAAGCAAAUGUUUUUUCACUUUCAGGAUACUAGUGUGCUUAUUUCUUAUACUUGAAAGUUUGGGGUUUUUUAAUUAAGGAAAGCAAGAAUUUCUUGCAGUAAGAAUUUAAAAUUGGUAUGACGGAUCAAGACUAUUCUACUCUGAAAAGCAUGUAAUAUUAAUGGUGUAAGAUAUAUUAUGUGUAUAUACAUAUAUAAUGUAUGUAUAUAUAUUAAUACGGUUUUUCCUUAAUCUUUGUUGUAGUAAAAUUUUAAAGGUUUUUUUUACAAAUAAAUUGUUGCCUGUUGCAACUUUUUCAUCAUUCCUCAUUUCCUAGCUGCUGUGAUGUUUACCCAUAAACUGAGCACAAAGAUUCUCUGCCUUUUGAGUAUAAAAACCUGCUCGAUGUUGACUCCAACAUCUUGACUUUAGUAGCCGCUAAAAACUCUGAGGGACUGUUUCACUCACUGUAGUUUUUCUGAACAGGGAUAGCAAUCUUAAGCAUGGCUUGUUUUUUAAUCCACAGCCAUGCCAACCUGGUAGCCACCAUUACCUUUACAUGCUACCUUUCUUCCAUCAUGGAACCCAAAGUCUAUUGUAAGUUUUGAACCAUCCCUAGAACAUUUAGGAUAAAGGCUGUACUAUGCUUCUAAUAGAGAGCCAGUGUAGUGAAGUAGUUAGAUAGUUUGACUACGACCUGGGAGACCAGGGUUCGAAUCCCCACAUAGCCAUGAAGCUCACUGGGUGACCAUGGGCCAGUCACUGCCUCUCAGAGGAAGGCAAUGGUAAAACCACCUCUGAAUACCGCUUACCAUGAAAACCCUAUUCAUAGGGUCGCCAUAAGUCGGAAUCCACUUGAAGGCAGUCCAUUUCCAUUUUCAUGCUUCUGAUAGUGACUAGGAUAUUGCAAGAAGUCAAGCAAGAGGGGAACUAGAUUUUUGCUAAAAAAAAACAGGUGGGGAGGACUCAGAAAGGUACAAGGGUGAAAAUGUAUGCAAACAUGUUUUUGAAAGAUUUGCUCUGCUGAGUAAUCUGUGUGUGUGUGUGUGUGUGUGUGUGUCCAGAGGAAAUGGCUUUUUGUGUAAAGACAAUACUUUCUGGCAAAGGUCUAUGUUAAUUUCCUCUCUGAGAGUGAUGAUUCUGCAGAAUUUAGAACAGCAGUGAUAGUGAAGGGUGUGAUUUGCUUAAGUGUGCAGAGUGAAUCACAGUCAGCAGACAACAGUAUUCAAAAUUACUUUCUGUAAAUGAUACAUGUUGCAUUCUGCAUUCAUGAAUUUAAAAAAGCAAAUUGUACUAAAGCUUCCUCUUUUUUCAGCAGUAGUUCCCAGUUGAUGUGGGAUCUCCUGGUUUCAAUUUCCUGAGUUCUUGGGAUAGAAUUUCCUGGUUUCAAUUUGCAAU